ACAGGAGCGGGAUUCGAAGAGGAGGAGGAGUAGGAGGAAGGGGAGCGGCACGUGCCCGCAGCGGUCGGUCGCCCCAGCUCGCGGUGACGUCAGCGACGACCUGACAGAGCGUGCACGCGCGCACCACCACCACCCCCUCCGUCUCCCUCCCCCGUCUCCUCCCCGGCAAUCGGCAUCAUCAGCGGCAGCAGCAGCAGUACCCAGCGUGGACGCAGCAGCAGCACCGGCCCCGCGCUGCCCGGCGCGAGAGAAUCGGGCACACCCAGGGGUUUCUGGGAUUUGGGAAUUGGGAUAAGGGAUUGGGGGGGGGGGGGGUAAGCGGGAUACGGGAACGGCAGGGAAGGGAGAUCCGGCUGGUUUAGAAGCGCCCGCCGGUGAUGCUGCGCCGUGGAUACUGCGAGGACGCUGAGACUUGCUGCUGCGGCGGCGUUGGUGGGGGGGGAGGAGGAGGAGGUGGUGGUGGUGGUGCUCUGGGCAACUUCAAGACUCUGCUGUUGCCCCCCAAGCGUUCAGUCAGCGCCGCCAUGAGCGACCAGAGCGGAUACGAGGACAGCGACAGCAGCAGCGUGGGGGGAGGUCGUCAGUUGACGGGAAAACAGCAGCAGCAGCAGCAAAGCCAUGGUGCCGGGAGUCAGUGUGGAGCACAGGCACAGUACACAGACUACCGCGUGCAGCGUGGCGCCGAGCCUGCAGCUGCUGAAGCUGCUGGACAGCAGCAAGAGGAGGAGGGCGCCACUGCCAAGGAGCGGCACGGGGAUGCCGAGUCGCUCAACAGCGGCAACACGGGCACGCGCACGCCACUGUGCAGGAUAUGCUUCCAGGGUCCCGAGAAGGUGAGCAGCGGUGAUGAGGAGACAGACAGACAGGGCGAGCUGCUCAAUCCGUGCCGGUGCAAUGGCUCUGUGCGGUGGACUCACCAGCCGUGCCUGCUCACGUGGAUCAGUGAGCGCGGGUCAUGGUCCUGUGAACUGUGCUACUACAAGUUCCGCGUGCGGCCCGUCAACACCAAGCACCCGACACAGUGGCAAGGGGUGUCGCUCUCGCCCAUCGAGCGGGUUCAGGCCGCCGCGGUGUCCCUGGGGUGCCUCUUCCUGCUCGCGAGCCUCGUGUGGCUCGUGUGGUCAGGCCUGAGCCCUGCCGCUACGUGGCAGCGCCGUGACGUCCUAUUCCAGAUUUGCUACGCGCUCUACGGCCUCAUGGACAUCGUCUGCAUCGGCCUCCUGGUUCACGAAGGCCCUGCCGUGUACCGCAUCCUCAAGCGGUGGCGUGCCGUGAACCAGCGCUGGCGCGUGCUCAACUACCAGAAGAACGUGGACAAGCUGGGCAAGACGGGCCCAGGCCGGGCCUCGGCUGGCUCCUCCGUGCUCUCGCCCCUGCGCUUCCACUUCGGCGUGCUGUUCCUGCACCUGCUGGAUCGGUUCGGAUCGGGUCAGGAGGGCACGGAGGCGGGCGGCGUCACCCCAGAGCUCGUCAUGAGGGUCACGACUGUUUGAGCCGCGCAGUGCCGGGCGCACGGAGCUGGGUGGCGGUGCACCGCGAAUCGUGGCUGCAGUAGGAUGAGACUUCAGCGGCCAACGGAGGAGUUAUUGGAAGAAAAAAAAAACUUGCGGACAGAUCAACGCGGAUUUUUAUGAAAGUACUAUUGUGAUUGUUAUUAUUGCCAUCAGGAUUUUAUAGGCGAGGUGGCGGACGGGCGUGCGAGUGCCGCUGGGUGGUCGGGGCGGGGGGGGGGGGUCAUCAAAGGAACGAUGAAAAUUGAAAAUGCGCGACCCCUUGGGCCCAGGUCUCCAUGUGGUCGCGCUGUCAACAAGGCACCUUACACCUCAAUCCACUGCUGGAACUCCAGGAGCGAGACCAGAGCCGCUUUGGGCUCGCUCCGCCAACCACGAGAAGGUGAUUGGCUUUGACGAUCGCGCACGCUCGUGGUGUCCCCAGCGGACGAUUGGAGGCGACUUGAAUUUUAAUGUCCCGAACGCGUGCAAUGGCACUUUUAAAAGCUCUCCGAAUCAUCCUCGCAGCAGCACCCGACGGCAGCCUCUUCUGAUGUCGCGUACGACUUUACAGAGGGGGGUGGCAGGGGGCGGGGGAGGCGGUUGGUGAGACAAACAACAGCGUGCAUUGCAAGUUGUGCACCGGCACUUUUCAAGUUUAUAUUAAAUCGUGCAAGUCACGGAGAAAAGCACGCACACGCAUACCACAUAAUAUUUCAUUUGCCCUUUGUUUUGUAUUCUUCCACGCUACUGAAUAACCAAAUAUUACAAACAGUAUGCAACGUGUGUACACACACCGCACGUGCGUCUGAUUAAGAAAUUCAGAUGCGCACUACCGACUAUCAUUUAUUGAUUGCACAGUUGUUGAAUUUCACAGACGAGAGAAAAAACCCCCAAAGCCGAUGACUCCGUCUCUUGUGCAGACAAUGCUUUACCGUUGAUGGUUUUGCGCAAGUCCACGCGCUAGGCAGUGGUUCUACGGGAAGGGAUUACACUCAUGCACCCACACGCUGAGCUGGCAGACACCGCUCUUGCUCGGGGCAGAGGCGGAUGUGUGCGAAAUCCAUCUGUGCUUCUACACAAUCCCUGGCUUUUCCUGAGUGCGGGGGAAGGGGGACCCGGAGGAUGGGGCUUGCGGGGCUAAAAUCUGUACGACGCGGGAAAUAGAUGGGGAGGGGGAUAGGAGAGGAAACACCCUGGAUGGUAUGAGCCAGGGAUUUGCGGGUUUAGGAAUGGAGGGCAUGGUGAACUGUUACAAAUAGUGCGACACUGCGGCAGCCCAGCCGCCAAACUCAUUCCUAACCCCAACCCCAGACCCCGAAACCAACCACAACACCUGUGAAACACCAUCCCUUCCUCUCUCAUGCCCGCUUGUGUCGUAUUCAUUUACACGUCAACUACCCACGCCCCAAAACCAAUUCUGAUAGUUUUAUUUUUCACUCCGCUAUAAUAGCGCCCAAUUGGGUACACGAACAAAAUCCAAAACCAUCCCGACCCAGUGUCACUCAGCCGUGGUCAGUAGCGGCAAAGUGUGAUGCGGCAUUAACAAAUCCGUGCAUCGUGCCAUCUCCAAUGAAUACACGUGGGUGAGAGAAGGGCUCAACUGUCCCAGCUGUAUUCACGUGCCACACCGCUGCCUUACAGGCCCCGGCAUUGACCCUGCUGCACCAGCACUAUUUCAGUCCACGACUGUAUGAGGGGCCUCCCCCGCCCCCACGCCAUGGUGGGUUGUGAGGUCUAUUCGACCAUACUUCACCACGCUGGUCGGUGCAGGCGGCGGGGGACCAUUUACGUGGGAGCUACUCUCCCCAUGGUGACAUUGCUGCCCGGUAGCAGCCGAGAGCACCUGUGUUCUGCAUGGUGGUCGCUCAUCGCAAGCACGAGUCAGGGGCUCAACCCUUGCCUCGCUUUUGGACGUGUGACAAAAUCGGGCAAUUUGGGCAAAAGGGAUGGAUCGUGUGCUGAUGAAUUUUGCCCCCCCCCCCCCCCCCGUUAUGACAGUAUAGAAAUUGCUUCAUAUUAUAUUAUUUAUCGAAUUCCCAGCAUCAGCAGCUACGGCGGAGCAAUGAAUGUGAACGCCUGGAGACACCCCAUGUUUUAUUCAUCGGCCGUGUGCGAAUCACCGAGAAACACUCGCUGGAGAUGAGUGGACACGCGGACAACAACAACUUCACAUUCUCCAUAUUUUUAUUUCAAGUAAUUCCUCCGUCUCACCGAAAAAGAUACCCCCCCCCCCCCACCUUCCACCCCAUGAAUGAAUUGUAUUAGAGUGAUUGGCAUGGCAGUCAGAAAAAUGUACAGUAUAUAUGUAUACAGUGUACGCUUAUGAUCAAGUGUACCUUGAAUGUGCCUGAUAUCGUCGGAUCACGGAAGCUAAGCAGGUUGGAUCUGGUUAGUGGCACUUGGAUGGGUGACCACCAGGGUGUGCAAGGUGUUAUCGUUGGGAUGCAAGGUGGCCAGGGGAUGGCAGUGCCGAGUAUCGCCCCAGAAUUUGCGUGGCGCGGUUUCUAAAAAAGGUACUACAUUUUUCUGGAGUAAUUGGCCAAACAUCGCAUUUAUAGAUUUGAGACGCAGCGAGGCAUUGUUGGGUAGACAAUUGGAUUUGGCAUCGUGCAGUGAAGCAUCGCCGAGUCUUAAAGCGUCUCAGAAGGGUUCCAGUCUGGAUAUCUGGCCAAUGUAUUAUUGAAGGAGCGUUUAAGUUGAUAACGUUCAAAAUGUGCACGCAGACUCUUACUUACGGUGGACGUUUCUUCCUGCAGUUGCCACUCUGUCGUGAGGUUCUACCACUGGCCAUCAAUUUCUGCCGACAUAUCCUGCCCAAGUCCACAUUUCUUAACGGACACGGGACGCAUUUGAACUUGCCAUUUGUUUUCUCAUCCAUGCAUUCCUCUUCCUGCCUCUCAGUGCAAACCCAAGCGUGCACCUCUUCCAUGCGCCGUUCGUGUUUAAGUCACGGCGCCAAUGCCUGCGAUCCACUCAAUGUCCGCGCGGCUGGAAUGGGUUGGUCCCCCCCCCCCCCCCGCCCUUCCCCCCGUCCUUCCCUUCUUACCCAGGCCGUCAGCGAUAUACGAGCGGGGGUGGGAACAUGCCGCUCUGCAUGCCAAGUGUUCACCCGGGGGAUGCUGCCAUGGAGAAAUGGAUACACCAUAGUUACGUCGAUCGGCAGGUGGCUCGUGAUGGGGUGAAGAAGCGCGGGUGAGAUGCAGCGUGAGUGAGAGACGACAGGGGCUGCGCCUUGUAUUGAGCUGUUUUUCCAGUAGAGCGUCGUUGAAGUCUGGAGAUUAUUCAAUUGGUAGUCGGGCACGGCGUGAGUGGCCAGCACCACGCUAUGCUGCCUUCGUCUCCGUAGUGGCGAUGUUUACACACCGUUAUAGAUACUCAUUUGAGGCUGUGUCGACCUAGUGGAAGCCCAAGAUCCAUUUAGAUAAUGGGCACUGGUCCAGAACACACACGCGAGGGAAUGAGGCAGAAGGUAUACUUCACAGACUCAGCAAAUUAAAGCCGUGGGACUCAUCCAUCGCCGUGUACUGGCAUCGCUCGGCCACCGCAGCCUCAUCACGCCUCCUCCGACAUCCAAACACCCGCGCUCGAGUUCUCACGUAAUUCAUCACCCGCCCCCGCUUAAGCAACACACGAUGUACGGUCGGACGCAUCGUGGUUUGCCCGCAGCGCACACGUGGAGGAGAGGGAGGAGUGGUGGGGUACACACACGCUGUGCGCGAUUUGAGUACAGAGCUCCCAAUAUUCUGUCUGUCUGCAGGCAGUUUGUCAUUCGGUACACGUAUUAAAGUCCUUUUGUAAAUUCCACUACUGGUUGAUGAUCUCCCCACGCUGUUCGAGCAUACCGUGGUCAGUGCGAUGUUGGUCGAGGCGGGGACCAGAAGUACGGUUCAGAAAAAAAAUGAUGCUUCAAUAUCUGCCACUGACCACCACGUGGCCCUGCAGCAGCCUAUAACACCUGGUUACGCAUGGUAGUCGCCCAGCCAAUGCUCGGUUACCAACGAUAUCCAGGCUCACUUUAACUUCGCUUCCGAUAUCUGACGAGAUCGGACGGAUUCCUGGGGAUUUUAUAACAAAGGUACUUUCACAGUGCCAUUCAUUAAUUAAUAGGAGCGUGUGAAAUUGUCAUUAUCACGUGUAAAUGGAGAACGAUUCUAAACGCGCAUGGGUGGAUAUGGGCGUUAUCUGGAUAUUUGCGCUCAGAGCUGCCCGGAUCGGGAAUGGUGUCCUCAAAGCGGUUUCACACUAACUGGAUAACACAAAACCAUUGCAGGCAUAUUUGACAAGCCGAUGAAAACCUAAUAACAUUUCAGGCCACGACACACAACACUGGCAAAUUUAGUCCAAUUGCUAUCGUUCAUGUGCGUCGUACCAUUUUUCUAUUCCGUACCACGGAGAAUUUCGUCAGAGCCAGAGUUGCCUGAAGUAAAUGCGUAGCGGGUGAAAAUUGCGCUAAAAUUGCCCCAGUGUAUCACGGGUUGAAAUACUAUUAAAGGCCAAAUUGGCAAUUGCGUUAAAAUUUGUUUUUAUCGUAUUGUUGUGUCCUGUUGGGUAAUUCCGUUUGUGUUGACCUAUAUAAGUAGUUGUUUUAAAUUACAUUCCCAGCCCUUUUGUUAACCCACUGUUGAACGAAACCCUCCCCACGCGGUGUCAAUUAUGGAGGUUGUUUGACCAUAACCCUUCACCGCGCUCUCCGGUGAAGGCGGCGGGUGGAAGAUUGGUGGGGGGAUCGAACUCAGGUAUUUGGGUUCAAAGCGGAGUGCACUAACCAUUGCGCCGUCACUCUGCCCCAUCGUAAUUCUGCACUGUAAAACCCUGUUGUCAAUAUACUGUUGUCAAUAUACUGUUGUCAAUAUACUGUUGUAUGUACGUAUGUUGAACUUCUUUAGCACCGCAGGUGCUAAGCAGGUGGUGGUCAGUGCGGGCUGGUGAAGCCAUGGUAAGUCAUGCAUAACACAUCGCUGCCGUUUAUGUGCAAUCGGUAAACCCUUAGCGAUGAAAGAUUCAUGCUCGUGGUAAGUUGUAGCACAAGAACCCUUCUGAUUACGUUCGGUAAAAAAAAAAUCCACGGAUCUGCACAAGAGACAAUGCCGAAACCCAGCGAUUCCAAUCGUCACCAAAUGCAAAUACUAUGCCAACGUUCCUUCCCCAAACGAGUUCAUUGAUGACUUAUUUACAAUUGCUGUUAUCGAAUUGCCAUUUCAGAGAUUUGCGAGUGCUAAUUACAUAAGUUCUUUAAUAAUUCUAUACAUGUAAGACUCAUGUGCUUUAAUUCUAAAAAAAAAUAUCUUUUCAAAA